GUUGUUUUUAUCUGGGCUAAUGACAUAGUGACAAUAAUAGGCCCAUCAACAUAAUUCAAGACCACAAAAUUGCAUUCCAAAAAACCAGACACAGUCUUAUGAACCCUAAACAAAACAUACGAGGAUCAGAACAAACAGUAAUCUUGUCGAUGCAUGCAUGGCUGAAGUGAACAACAACACUCUAGUCGUGAGGAAACCUUGUUUUGAUCUUCCAACCGGUUGCCCUCAAUGUCUCUCUGCUUACAUCUAUCUCCAUUUCGCUCAAAUUCCAUUCCAAUUGAAAUUCCACUUAAACCAUCCUCAUUCCGAUAAAAUUCCUUACUUUGAGUUUGGUGACAAUGUGGCGUAUAAUAAUGAGAAUGAAGGGAUCAUUGAAUGCUUAAAGAAAGAUGUUGGUGUAGUUGAUUUGGACAGUGAGGUUUCUUCACUACCUAAUUGGAUAUCAAUCAAAGCAAUUAUUACCACUUGGCUUGAUGAGGCACUUGCUUUUGAACUUUGGGUUGGAUGUGAAGGUUCUUCUGCUUAUAGUAUCUAUUAUUCUGAUCUUCCUUGGCCUAUAGGGAAGGUCCUAUCUUGGAAGAAAUCUCGUUGGCUAAAGUUGAAACAUGGGAUAACUGAUGACAAUGCUGAUGUGAAGAAAGAAGAGAUAUAUGGGAGAGCAAGUUCUGCUUAUGAGGCUCUAUCAAAAUUGGUAGGUGAAAAAAACUACCUAUUUGAGGACAGUCCAUCAAGUUUGGAUGCUAUUUUUCUUGCGCAUGGACUUGUUGUUCUUCAAGCUUUACCUGAAUCUUCGACACUGCGGAUCAAAUUUUUGGAACAUGAUAAUUUAGUUAGAUAUGUUAAAAAAUGUAAGACAGGACUUAAAGAAGGUGGUACAUCUCCUUCAUCCAGUCCACAAUUUCAUACAGAUGCGUCAUCAUCGGGUUCCAGAAGUCAAUCAACUCCGAGAUCAAAGUCUAAGAGCAGGCCGAAAAGAGAGAAAACAGAGGAGGAGAAAACCUUAAAAAGGAAAGGCAGAUAUUUUUUGGCAGCACAAUUGAUUGCCGUUGUUGUUUUUGUCACCCUUAUGACAUUUGAUUAUGCUGAAGUGGAGGAGCUUGAUCAUGUUGAUGAAGGCCAUGAUCACUGACUUCGCGGAGAAUAAAAUUAAGGCUGAUAAAAACAAGUGUCUCAUACACUUUCUAUACUUUGCAAAUGAAAAUGGGAAAUUACCAUUUAUUACUAUUUACAUAUGAUCCUUUUUUGUUUGUAUUCAUAGAAUCAUAGUCUUAUUUGAUCAAACAGAUUCAUCCAUUACCAAAGGAAUAAUGUCUUGAGUGAACCUUUGAGUUUUUCGGCUUAUACAAGAUUUUGGAGAAGUUUAUGAAAGGAUGAGCUUAAAAAAAA